CAGGCUACCCUAGCCGAUGCGUCGUUCUCGUUGACGGCAACGCAAAGUACCUCGAGAUCAUGGCAUCAGCAUUCUGGACCUGUUCUCGAUGAAAGUUUCGACGAAGGUUCGUCAUCGAUGGCACGUCGAACUCAGGAUCAGUGUGUGUUCCUACACUUCUACAAGAGCAAGCGUCGUCUGGGAGGGAUCCUGCCCAAGUUCUUGCCGAAGAAGAUGACGAUGAGGUCCCCAUGGUUCUUUCGGAUAGCAUGAGCAUUGAAGAGGUCCCUCAGAGAUUGGAGGAUUACGAUCCAAUGGAACCUAUCUUGAACUACAUCAUAGAGAGUUCGGACGCGACGGUUGCGGUGACCAGCACUGCGGAUCUAUCUGCCGUCGUCGAGCACGGGAUUUCCUCGGAAGGUCUCCAAGAGGGGCUCAGUCAUGAUCGCCCCCGAGUACAUAUGACAAUCGUCGACGGCUGGCAAGUUGGCUCACUGCAUGAUCUGGACGGCGAAGCUACAGACAAUACCAGCGAUGUGGACGAUCUUCUCUGGCAUGUACCUGGAGACGGCAAAGUGAUGUACGAAAGCGACUCCUGGUCGGUCGAUUCAUCUGCAAGAACAACUGAAAGAAUAUCGCCCCUCUCGGACAAGAGUCUUAAUAGCCCUGCCCGGCCCCCCUCCACUACGAGCUCUUCCACGGGGCACCGAAGCCGAGGUUGUUCAAUUUCUGACGAUGACGAUAGAAUGGGUACCGGAUUGGCUGAGUCGCGCAAGGAGGUUACCCGUAGGCAGAGGAUGCGACUGAAGCGGGGCGUUCGGAUAGCCUGAUUGAGGAAGGCUAUAUUCGGCUGAAGGAUGUGCUGCCGGUCUCGAAUCAGAAGAGCAGCAAGGUAUCUCUUCUGAAAAGGGGUACGUCU